AUGCAACCAGGGAAUUUAUAUAUAUAUAUAUAUAUAUAUCUGUCUCUCUUAAUAUCUAUCUAUCUAUCUAUCUAUCUAUCUAUCUAUCUAUCUAUCUAUCUAUCUAUUUUACUGCCUCGGUCUGUUUAUAUCUGUCUGCCCAUCUAUCUUAGUCUGUUUCUUUCUAUCUAUCUUUCUAUCUAUUUAUUUAUUUCAUUCUGUUCAUAUCUAUCCUUCUACGAUAAUCAUACCUAUCUAAUCAUAUCAUAUCAUAUCAUAUCUAUCUAUCUAUCUAUCUAUCUAUCUAUCUAUCUAUUUGUCUGUCUGUCUGUCUGUCUUUUUUUCUCACUAUCUAUCUAUCUAUCUAUCAUCUAUCUAUCUAUCUAUCUAUCUAUCUAUCUAUCUAUCUAUCCCGGUACUAUUCAUCUCCUCCUAUUUGCAUCUAACAAUCUGUACCCUGUUCAUCUCUCUCUAUUUCUCUCUCUCUCGCUCUCUCUUUGUCUGUUAUUUCCUUGUAUCCUAUCUAUCUAUCUAUCUAUCUAUCUAUCUAUCUAUCUAUCUAUCUAUCUAUCUAUCUAUCUAUUACAGCAAAUCCGUCUUGACAUCAGUUACUAUAUCUAUCUAUCUAUCUAUCUAUCUAUCUAUCUAUCUAUCUAUCUAUCUAUCUAUCUAUCUCAGAACAGUCAAUAUCUGUUUACCUCAGAACAGUCAAUAAUUAUCUAUCUAUCUAUCUAUCUAGACAUGGCUACUUAUCAACCUAUUCUUAUCUCUCUCUAUCUAUCUAUCUAUCUAUCUAUCUAUCUAUCUAUCUAUCUAUCUAUCUACCUACCUACCUACCUACUUACCUAA